AUGUCGUUUCGCGAACAUAUUAUGAAGAUCUGCAAAAGGGCAUUUAGGAACCUAGGUUUUGUUUUGAGGCAGACGAGAAACUUCACCAAUAUUGCAACAGUUAGGGUCCUGUAUGACGCAUUAGUCAGGAGUCAUCUGGAACAUAGUGCUGUCAUAUGGGAUCCGCAUGAGGCAAAGUACACAUUAAUGUUGGAACGCGUACAGAACAAGUUCACCAGACAUUUGUACUGGAAGCUGUAUGGGGUAUAUCCGUAUUACCCGCUGAUGUAUCCCACUUUGUUUGUGCUCGGCAUGGUGGGGUACAAUCAGCUCGGUGUACGGCGGAAAUUUGCCUUAGUUGCCUACUUGGUGAGGUUGCUCCGAGGUCUGGAACAUAACCCGGGAGUUCUGCGUCACCUGAGUCUGUCUGUACCAGACCGCUACGUGUGGAGACGGCGGCGCCCGCCAAUAUUGGCAGUGCCAACGGCGAGGACCAAUCUUCUCGCUAAAGCACCACUGACUCGCGCAAUCCGUACCAUCAAUAAGCUCCACAAUCAGAUUGACAUAUUUACAGCUCCUUCGAGUGAAUUCACAAAAGUAUUAUUGUUUAUUUUAAGUUACGAUGGUGAAUAG